AUGAUCGCUAAGCAGCUCCUCGCCGUUCUCCUCUCCAUUGGCGUCUCCGCCAGUCCCUUGGCCUUGCGAGACGCCUCCACUGUUCUCGCGGAUUUGAGCAGCAUCUUGGACCAUCUGUCAACGCUCAGCACCACAGUCGCGAACUUCGACGGCACUUUAACCGGUGCCGUGAGCGUUCAGCAGGAUGAAAUGACUCUGUCGGAUGCGCUCAACAAGACCGUCAUUGAUCUGACUGCCUCCCCUGUGUUCGGGGCCGCCGACAGCACGAGCGUGACCAAGGCAGUGACAGGCCUUGAGACGAGCAUCGUCACGGUCCUCGACAAGAUCAUCGGCAAGAAAUCCUUGUUCGCAUCCGCGGGCGUGACCAGCGUCGUCUUGUCAGACCUCGAAACCCUCCAGGGUCUGACUGAUGAUCUCUCGACGCAGCUGCAGCGGAAGGUCACAGCGGCGGAUGCGUCCACCAUUGCCUCGGAAGCUGCUCAGCUGGACGCGGUUUAUACCGUUGCCAUCUCCGCAUUUUCCUGA